AUGGACGAUAUGUUAUCGCAUUACCUCGCAUCCAGGGGAACCCAUGACAUGAACAGGCAUACACCGGAAGAAGAAAAGGAUCCAGAGUUUUGGCGUUCAAUGGCCCGCACGGAAUUAUUUCAAAGUUUGGAAAAACAGAAAUUGAACACCAACAUGGCCAUGAAUAUAAUCAUGUUUCUGGGCGAUGGCAUGUCACUGAGCACCGUAACUGCGGCGCGUAUCUUAAAGGGCCAACAAAGAAAUCGAAAUGGCGAAGAAGAUGCUUUGAGUUUGGAAAAAUUUCCUCACAUGGCCUUGAGCAGGACCUAUUGUGCCAAUGCCCAAGUUCCCGAUUCGGCGUGUACUGCCACAGCCUACUUGUGUGGUGUUAAGAGCAACAUUAUAACCAUUGGGGUUACAGCAAAUGUGGAAUUUAACAAUUGUUCAGCCAGCAUGGAUCCCAGAAAUCAAGUCUCCUCUAUAGCCUCGUGGGCACAAAGCAUGGGAAUGUCCACAGGUUUUAUCACCACUACCACUCUGACCCACGCCAGUCCGGCAGGAACCUAUGCGCAUGUUGCCAGUCGAUUCUAUGAAAGUGACAGCGAUAUUGCAAGUUUUGGCCUUGAACCGGAGACAUGUAUGGAUAUGGCCCAACAACUGGUUACACAGGAGCCUGGGCGCAAUUUCAAUGUAAUGAUGGGAGGCGGCAUGACCAAAUUUUUACCUUACUACCAACGCGAUUUGCAUGGCAACUAUGGAGAGCGACGAGAUGGCAAAGAUCUUCUCACCACAUGGCAGAGUAUGCAUCCGGAGGGAGUUUUCGUAGUAAAUAGAGACGAAUUGCUGCAGGUUAAUACAUCAGAGGCGUCCCAUAUAAUGGGCAUAUUCCAAAGCAAAGCCAUGGAAAUUCAUGCAUUGGCGGAUAAAAAGAAACAACCUUCUUUGGCCGAAAUGACUGAAAUAGCCUUGAAACUAUUGCGUCGCAAUGAAGAAGGUUAUUUCAUCUUCAUCGAGGGCGGUCAUAUUGAUACCGCCCAUCAUCAGAACAAGGCUGCCUUAGCUUUGGAUGAGACUUUGGAGUUUGAUAAGGCCAUACAGUUGGCUCGAUCUAUGACCGAUCCUCAGGACACUUUGAUCGUGGUUACCGCUGAUCACGGUCAUCCCCUAACUAUUGCCGGUUAUCCCGAUCGCGGAACUGCCAUUUUGGGGCUAAAUCAACAUGAUCUGCCUAUGGAUGGUUUAAAAUUCUCCACUCUCAACUAUGUUUUGGGACCUCAACAGUACCUAGAUGAAACAGGAAAACGGCUGGACUUGGAGAAAUUUCCCAGGAAAAUUGAUUCGGUUUAUCCAAGCUAUAUCAACGAGAAGAUUGGCUACCAUUCCGGCGAAGAUGUGGGUAUAUUUGCAUCAGGGCCAUUUGCUCAUCUUUUCACCGGAGUCCUGCAACAAAACUCCAUUCCCCAUCUAAUGGCCUACGCUGCUUGCUUAGGCAAUGGCCCAACGAUAUGUGAUAAGGCGGAUGAUGAAGAUGAAUGCAGAGAAAAUCUAAGCAAUUCAUACUAUGGCCGCCGGAAGUAG